AUGGCACCCUCCAGAUCAAAGGCCCAGAAGAGAGGUGUCAGGCCAAAGAAAGCAGGUAAGGAGAAAGCUUCUCAUUCUGAGAAGAGCCUUCCUGAGGAUUCCAGAGUCCAAGAUGGGAGACCCAGGAAAAGAAGGGGCAAUGGCCAGGCUACAUGCAAAGACAGUUCUUCUGAACAAGGCACGGUCCCUGAAAGCACAUGUGUGACAGGUGCCUCAAAGAGCCAGAGAGAAGAAAGGGUUAAGGGAGGCAAAGAGAGUGGCCACAGGAAUAAAAGCAAAGAGGACAUAGCCUCCAAGAGCAGUAACAGAAGAGAACUUGGUUCUGGUGGAAAAGAUGGAGAGCAAUUAUCAUCCAAGGUGGAAAAGAGAAAAGCAAGGGUCUCCAAGCACCAUGGUCUGGGAUUAGGUCAAGGAAACCAGGCCAGUGUUUGCAAUGAGGAAAAGGCCACUGAGGACAGCAAGAAAUGUCAUUGUAAAACGAAACACAGAGAGCACCUUACUCAAACCGAAUGUGUCAGUGAAGCUGAAUCUAUAAAGUCCUUCACAGUGGAAAGUGAAGCCUCUUCACAGAAACACAAGUUGCCUUCAAGCAGCAGCCAUGGCAGUACUGGGAAAAAAUAUGAUAGGAAAUGUUUCUUCAAAGAAACCACUGACAAAAAGUCAGGUUCCCAGCUACAGAGGAGUUGUGAGCUUAGCUCCAAGGCAGCAAAGAGUAAGGGUGAUGGGCACAAGAAGAAACAAGGUGGGAAACCAGCCAAGCCUAUUUCCAGUGCCAGUGAGGAAGAAAAGACCCUGGAAAGCUCAGAGGAUGAAUCUCAUUCUGACUGGAGCCAAGAAAAAAGAAAAAGAACUACUGACAAUAUCACUGAAACCAGUGAAGACCAGGGAGGCUCAUCGGAGGAUGAAUCUUCUAGUGAAGAAGAGGAAAUCCAGCCUUCAUCCAAAGGAAAAGACUGCCAAGAGCCACAGGAUGCAAAUAGCAAUGUGACCAGUGAAAGAGAACAGGUGGUGGUGGGCCAAAGAAGAGAGAUUGAAGAUGAAGAAACUGACUCUGAAGAGGCUGAGGUUGGUGGGGAAAUGAAGGAGCUGGAUCCAGUGCCUGUGCAGAAAAAAUCUACCGUAAGUGUCAGCAGUGAAGAUGGUGGUACGAGUGUUUCAGGGUAUCAAGUCAAAAGCUCACCAGAGGGAAGAAAUGAGAAUGAUGGUGAAGAACGGGAAGAUCAAUUGGGAAAGGACAACAAUGAAGAAGUGCCUGAAGAUGAGCAAGAUGCAUCAGAAAGUGAUAAGAAGGAUGGCACGGAAAAAAAAGAUGCCCAAGAGCAGGAGAACCCAAGAAAAAAACCUCUACCUAGUACCAUGAAAGCAACGCUCCUGAAUGUUGGCUUGAGCAAACCCCUCCAGGAAAAUGACCAGGGAGGGAAGCUGCAUGACAGUGACAGCAUGGUAAAAGUCAAGCCUGCAUCAAUCACACAGCAGGCACGCCUGAAAAAGAAAUCCCGGAGGCUGGAGACUGCAAAACACCAUCAGGAGUUAGGAGGUAUAAAUCAGGGUAAUUCUUCCUCUGGUUGCAACAAAGAGGAGGAAGCAGUCACUUUGAUUGCAAAGAAGUAUAGUCAUCUUGCCUUCCAAUCCCAAAUCCUCCUGAAUCUGAAGAACAAGCAUAAAGAUGCUCAGGCCAAACUGUUAGUGAGCAGUAAACAGACUCCUCUCCAGAAGGCAGCAGAAACCAGCACUGACCUGGAGAAGGUGGAAAGCUGUUCUAAAACCAGUGCCCUGAAAUCCCCCAGGGCACGAAGGAAACCCAGCCUGGCAAAGAAUCUAGGAGAGACAAGAUCAAGUCUUUCCAAUGCUUCAACCUGUUCCUCUAGUACUAAAGCCUCAUCUGAUAAACAGCAUUUUGGAAAGACAGAGAGGAUUGGGAAAGUUGUUGGCAAGGUCAAGCUGGCUUCAAGCCAGACAGUAGUAGUGAGAGAAGAAGAGGUAGAAGAGGAAGUGGUUGAAGAUGCACCUGCUGAGAAAGAACAUGUGCUGAAGCAAAAGGGACCCAAGUACCUGCACAAGCUUUCUGCUUUUAAAAGAGUAACCAGCUGGCUCAGUCUAAAGUCUCUCAAGAAAGAAGAGAAGAACAUCCCUGAUGCCAAGUUUGCCAUAGUUUUUCCCAGAGUUCAUCACAUGGUGUACUUGGGUGAAGGUCACACUUUGGAACUAGAGGAGGUUGAAGAUCUCUCCAGACUGGAGGAUGUCUGUGAGAGCUCAGUUCUUCUGUGUCUGAAGAAGAGAUUUCAUCGCAAUUUCAUCUAUACCUAUAUUGGGCAGAUCUUGGUCUCUGUGAAUCCUUUCAAACCCCUCAAUCUCUACUCAGAAGAAGUGAUGGCUCAGUACCGGCAAGAGAUGCUCUCCAAAAAUGCUCCGUAUGUUUGCACCCCUGGCCCAAUCCUUAUAUCCAUCCCUCUGAUCCCUAACCCUUGCUCCAACAGUGGGCACAGUGGAUCAGGUAAAACAGAAGCUGCCAAAGCCAUCGUGCAGUACCUAACCACGAUGUACCAAAGACAAGAUGGCCAUAGACUGAAGCAGCCCUGUGAGGUCCUGCCCAUCUUGGAGAGCUUUGGGAAUGCCAAAACCAUCCUCAACGACAACUCAAGCCGCUUUGGGAAAUUUCUGCACGUCCAUCUGAGGCACGGGGUCAUGGUGGGUACGUCCAUCUCCCAGUAUCUUCUAGAAAAGUCCCGGGUUGUGUUUCAGGGCAGAGCAUGCAACCUAUUGGGGAAGCAGGACGAUCAGGACUUUACAGCCUUGGUGCAAGCACUGCAGGGGAUUGGCCUCUCGGAUGAUGAGCUGACCUCUAUCUGGGCAAUGCUGGCUGCUGUUCUGCAGCUUGGGAACAUCUGUUUUACCUCCUGUGAGAAAGGAUCCUUUGAACUUGCAGCCAUCCCCAGUGACACAGAAAUCCGGAUUGUGGCCAACUUGUUGCAUGUCUCAGCAGAUCUCCUGCAAAGUGCCAUCACUCAUCGGGUCACUGCAACAUCCUAUGACCGGAUAUUCACCCCUUUGUCUGUAGAAGGUGCCAUCGAUGCCAGGGAUGCCAUUGCCAAGGCUGUGUAUUCCCUGCUCUUCGACUGGCUCCUGGAGAAGAUCAAUGGAUGGCUAGCCCCUCAGGAGAUGGACAGCACUGUGGGCAUUGUUGACAUAUAUGGCUUUGAGGAUCUGGGGGUGAACAGUUUGGAGCAGCUAUGCAUCAACUUUGCCAAUGAGCAUCUCCAGCACUUCUUCAGCCAGACAGUUAUUGCCCAGGAAGAGGAGGAGUACACCCAAGAAGAGCUAGUCUGGAUUCCCAUUUCCAAGACUCGCCAAGAGUCAUGCCUGGAUCUGAUUGCUUCAAAGCCCCAUGGUAUCUUGCGCAUCCUGGAUGACCAGACUUCAUUGACCCAGGCCACUGACCAUACCUUCCUCCAGAAGUGUCAUUACCAUCAUGGAAACAGUCCUUUGUACACCAAACCCAAACUGCCAUUGCCAGUCUUCACUGUGCGGCACUAUGCAGGUCCUGUCACCUACCAGGUCCACAAGUUCUUGAAUAAAAACCAUGACCAACUACGCUCAGAAGUCCUUGAUAUUUUCUCCCAGAGCCGCCUCAAGCUCGUGUCCAAAAUUUUCCAGAAGGCCAAAAAUCAUCACAGCCAGCACAGGGAGCUGGGAACAAAGGGCAAAGGGCUCAAGCAUCCAGCCUCAACCCUGGUGUCCAGAUUCCAUCAGUCCCUACUGGAUCUCACGGCCAAGCUGGGAAGGAGCCAUGCUUUCUUUAUUCGAUGCAUCACACCCAAUUCAAAAAAGUUGUCAAACAUCUUUGAUGUGGAAUAUGUCACUUGUCAGCUGAGGCAUUCUGGGAUACUGGAGGCCAUCCAUAUCAGGAAGGAAGGAUACCCUAUCCGCAUCCCAUUCCAGCCCUUCUUAGUCAGGUAUGGGACUCUGGGUGGACCUACACAGAGCAAUUUGCAGGAGAGGGACGACUGCAUCGCAGUGCUGUCGCGUGUGGUGGGGGACGCCUCAGAGCUCUAUCAGAUCGGCAUAACGAAGGUGCUGUGUAAAGAGAACGGUAUCUUAAUUCUAAAGGCCUUUCCAUCCACCUACUUGGUCCUGAUGGAAACAGUUGUUUCCUCUGGCCAGGUCUUCCUGAAGGAGAAGGCCAAACAGCUACUGGAGAGACGGUGGAAGCAGAAGCAGAGCUGGGCCAUUGUCACCCUCCAGCGGAGGCUCCGAGGCCUCAUCAGCCGUAGGCGUUUUCAGGUCCUCCAGCAGAAGGUCACAGUCAUCCAGGCUCAUUUCAGAGGUCACCUAGCAAGGAAACGCUACAAGCGACUGAAGAAGACGCUGUUGCAGUUCAGGAGAGCAGUUUUAAUCUCCAGGCCUUUGGUGCAAAGAAGGAAGCACUGCCGGCCCUGCCCUGGGCGGACUUUAGCAUGCCUGCCCUCUCCUCAGCCCAGCCCAGCCCAGCUCUGUAGCUUCCCAUCUGGACAUCUGCAUCCUUACAAUGCAGACAAACAGGAGAGCCCGGGAGUGAGACCCCAUACACCCGCUCAGAGCAGUAGGCAGCAGAGGCGUGAGGAAGAGAGCGAGAGUGACACCUGCUCAGGAAUGGAUGUGUCACUGCUGGAGAUCCCUGCAGAGCUCGCCGCCCUCCUGCAUUCGGCCAGAGGUCAGCAGUAUGCCCAGGCCAACCAGAUCACUGAGGUGUCCCCUCCAGAGGUCAAGGCCAGGAGCGACCUCUUCCUCCCAUCGAACAUCAAUGAUUAUCCCUUUUCCUCCUUUGCGAGGUCUCACUUCCAGGAGCUGAGCUUUCCUGCCCUUGGUCAGCCCCUGCAGCACCCUGUAACCCGUCUGGAGCCUGAGUACAAGCAGAGCACCCUGGAGAUCAACAAACUGAUUCUGCGGUUCCUUGCGGACCAGAACCUCCAGGACUGGCAAGAGGUGCUUCUGGGUAACUACAUCACCAGCCGAGGGUUGAGAGCUCCUGUCCUGCGCAAUGAGAUCCUGAGCCAGGUGGCCACCCAGAUGUGGAAGAACCCAGAUGGGGAGCAGUGCCAGCGAGGCUGGGUCCUGAUGGCUGCUCUCCUGAGUGCCUUUACCCCCCUGCCAGCACUGGACAAGCCCUUGCUGAAGUUCGUUUCAGACCAUGGGCUGGAAGGCUACAAUGCCAUCUGCCAGCGCAAGAUCCUCACAGCAAUGCAAGAGACAGAGAUGGUCCCUGAGGUGUCCCGUGUGCACCCCCCAACCCAGCUGGAGUGGACUGCCAACCAAAGGAAAGGGAAGAUGGUGCUGGAUGUCUUCACCUACAGCGAGGAAAAGUUCUCUGCUGAGGUGGAGUCCUGGACAACAGGGGAACAGUAUGCAGGUUGGAUUCUGAGCACAAGAGGCUUGGACAAGGUCCCUCGAGGAUGGUCCGUGUCCGUAUUCACAGGAGACACUUGGCAGGACCUGCUUGGCUGUGACUUCGUGCUGGAUGUCAUUGGAGAGAUGGAGGGGACUGGUUGGCCCUCUCUGUCCUCAUCUGAUUAUCCCAUCAUGCCUGAGGGGGACAGGAGCUUUCAUCAAAGCGCCUUUCUGGAUAUGAUUCCCCCUGCACCAGGGAUCCAAGCUCCCGCCCGGAAAGCCCCUACUCAGGUGAGCCCCUUCCCUGGCCUGAGGCUGGCACCUGGGGGAGUUGGACAGGAGCAGGCCUCACACAGACAGACAAAACCAGUGAUGUUUGAGAGGGAGAGGGAUGGGGAGGGCUUGAAUCCUGAACCAGACCAGGUCAGCGCAUCCAGCCUGCAACCAAGACUAGGGAUGGGGAGGGACACUUCUCUCCCAAAUGAUAGCUGGACAUCUCUGCCCACAGGCAGAAGUGACUUCAAAUCCCCCAGAGCCUUGGACCACUAUGUGGAUGAUCUGUUCAAACCAGUGCUCUACCAAGGGCCCAGAACACCAAAUAUGGAGAGCGGAGGGAAUCUAACCGGACGCAUGAAAGGAGGAGGGAAGAUUGGGCCAACCCAGCAAACAGCCUUUCCUACUGCAGGUUACCCUGGAAUCAUGCAAGUACCUGCAUACCAGCCCAUGCCAAUGAUGGGUGGAAUGAUGCCAGCACCCAUGCCAAUGAUGCCAUCUAUGGGUGGGAUCACACCUAUGCCAGCCAUGGUUUUGCCCCAGCCCCAGCCGGUGGUCCCAUCUGUAGACCCUAAUCAGAUAGCUGCACAACAGCAGGCCUUUAUUAACCAGCAUGCCUUGCUCAUGGCACAGCAGAUGACCCUGCAGGCCAUGACCAUCUCCCAGGAACAACAGCGGCGGCAGCGGCCAAGGUCUCCUGAGCCCUCAAGGUCAAGACAAGCCAAAAUCCCAUCACCAGCUCCAGCUCCAGCACCUAAACCCACCAAAUCCAGCAGCAACCAGAAUGCUGAGCCACCACAGUCCCUGCCAGAGGCCACAACAUCGAUCUGCACCUACUUGGAUGCCUCAGACAGUAAUGAGGGCACCUUGCCUCUAGAGACCUUCCAGCAGAAGAGAGAGUACUUCCAGAGAAUGGGGCAGCAAAAGAUCUUUGUGAGGAAGGUCAGACCCCCUCCCACAAAGCCACAGCCAAAUGAGGAGGCACCAAAGGAAACGGCCUCCAGUCCGCAACCAGAGGCAGUCCCUGCACCCCCCUUGCCAACUCCCAUUCAGAAGCCAGAAAAACCAGUCACUAAAGCAAAGAAAGAGCCUGGGGUGAAGCAGUCGAAGCCAGUGCCCAAGGCCAAGCCCAGCCGGGAGAUCCGCAACAUCAUCAAGAUGUACCAGAGUAGGCCAGCCCCAGAGCCACAGCCCAUUGAGCUCUUGAGGACAUCCAAGCCCUUUAUAAAGAAGAAUGACCCCAAGAAUGAAGCUCUGGCAAAGUUGGGGAUAACAACGUAUCAGCCUCCUGACUCACUGACAGCUUUGGCACCAGAGAAUAGCCACAAGAGAGUGCCACCACCACCACCUCCCAAGUCCAACUCCAUCCGGGAAAAGCAGCUACCACUCAUGAAUAUCUUUGGCCAGCCGCCAACCUCUCCCCCAGGUUCUCAGAUCCCUCCGCCUCCCCCUGGUCUGCCCCCACCUCUUCUGUUUGCAGAUCAAGCCAAGCAGGAGUCUGAGCUGAGAGGCUCUGCCCGGACCAUAACAGAAGAUGAUGCUAGCAUCAAGACCCAGCUCUAUAAGCUCACUGCCAGCGUCAGCUUCUCCUAUACCAAUGUCGCCUGGAAAAUCUUCCUACGCAAAGAGGUGUUUUACCCCAAAGAAAACUUCAGUCACCCCUAUUCUCUGAACCUCCUGUGUGAGCAGAUCAUUCGAGACACUUACUCUGACUCCUGCUUUCGGAUCUCCAAGGAGGAGAGGCGGAAAAUGAAAGACUUGUUGGCGGAGUUCCAGGUUGGCCCGGAUGCCAGCUCCAUUCUGGAGGAUGGAUUCAAGAAGAGGAUCGUGGUGGCUGCUCGAGAUAACUGGGCCAACUACUUCUCCCGCCUCUUCCCAGUUCAGGGCGAAAAUGGAAGCGAUGUCCAGAUCCUGGGGGUUUCCCACCGGGGCCUCCGGCUGCUGAAGAUAGUAAAAGCAGCUGGAUUUAGCCCUGAACACCUGAAGAUCCUUUGCAGCUAUAGUUUUGCAGACAUGAUGUCCGUAGAGCUGAAGGGCAGAAACACCCUGGAGUUCUCACUGAAGAAUGAGCAGCUGAUCCUGCACUCGACAAAAGCUCAGCAAGUCAAGGCUAUGGUGGAGCUCUUCCUCCAGGAGCUGAGGCAGGACUCCAACUACGUUGUCGCUCUGCGCAGCUACGUCACAGAUGACAAGAGCCUGUUGAAUUUCAAGAAAGGCGACAUCAUCAAGUUACUUCCCAUUCAUGGGUUGGAGCCAGGAUGGCUGUUUGGCUCCAUCGGCGGCCGGUCCGGCCUUUUCCCUGCCAACUUGGUGCAGCGGGCAGCAGUCCCUGAUUACCUCAGUGCCAGCAUGGAGAGAAUCGAGGGCGUGCGGAAGAGCCUGAGGAGUGACUUGGCACUCAUGACUGUCUGCAGUUUUGUUACCUAUCUCUUCAUCUUCCCCUCCUUCCACCGGCCAUGCCAGCCGCAAGAACCUGAAGCAGGAGAGGAGACACUGGCCAGGGGUGGAAAGACCCGUCUUGAACUAAUGCCUUGGGUGGGCUGGUAUCUGUCCCCUCAGAGCUUUGCCUCCAGCCUGUCAUCGGAAACCGCCACCACUGCCACCUUCCCUGCUACCGAUAACUACACCUUGGUGGACUUUGCCCUGGCUCACUUCCGGGAGAUCCAGACCUCGCUGGGAUGGAAGGGGAUGAGUGCAGAGAAGAGAAGCAUCGCUGUCCUGGUCCAGUACACCAAGGUCCCAAUCCAGGAGCCGCUGCUCCCCUACUCUGACACAGAGCUGAAUGAGCUGGCUACAAAGAAUUUCAUGACUUUGAUGCGCUUCAUGGGAGACCAGCCAAAAGUCAAGAACCAGGAAGAGAUUGAUUACUGCUAUGAAAUUCUUCAGCUCUGCAAAGAGAAGGAGAACCUGCGCGAUGAGAUUUACUGCCAGGCCAUCAAGCAGGUCACCCAGAACCCCAAGCCGGAAAGCUGUGCACGUGGCUGGAUGCUCCUGGGCCUGCUUGCAGGCUACUGCCUUCCCUCAAGCAUCUUCAUGCCCUACGCAACCAAAUUCUUUCAGCAAGCCAGCUCUGAUCCAUCCAGCAUAUACCAAGAAAUAGCCAGCACCUGCCAGAGCAACCUACGGAAGACGGUUAUGUAUGGGGGCCGCCGGCAUCUGCCCUUCCAUGUGGAGAUGGAAGCACUUCUGAAGGGGCAUGGGUCCCGCCGGCUGGUGAUCUUCCUGCCUGGAGUCCUGGAAUAUGGCACCAAAAUCCGGACAUUCACUGUGGCUGCAGACUUGGUGCAGGAGAUCUGUGAGCAGAUGGCAGUCAGCGAGACGCAGGAAAUCAAGGAGUUUGCUCUUUUUGCCACUAAGGACAAUGGGAAGGUGGCCAAGGCAAUCCGUCCAGAGGAGUACAUCCACGACUAUCUGCUAGAAGACACUUCAUUGAAACUGAAGAUCCGCAGGCUCACCUGGAAAACCCCACUGCACUUUGAGAACGAGGUUUACAUCAGCCUCCAUUAUGGCCAGGUUCUGUCUGAUUACUUGACUGGGAAGCUGCUGCUGAACUACAGCAAUGACCUGGAGAAGCAGGUGGGCACCUUGGCACUGUUUCAGCACUGGGCCAAGAAAGUGGACUUACCACCCUCCAAGGAGGAGAUAAUGGAGUACACCCCAAAGCAAGGGCUUCCACCCAUCAACAUGCAGAAUCUCCAAACCACUGUCAAGCAGCUGCUGGCAACCACACGGCCACUUGACCCAAAGGAGGCAAAAAUCCGUUUCAUAGAGCAUGUGGUCCAGCUACCACUCUUUGGCUACAACAUUUACACUGUGGAGAGGACCAGUGACCAGAGGAUCCCUGUACCCUGUGUCAUCGGAGUGAACAGGGAGCAGAUCAUCCUGGUGGACAGGGAGACUCAGGAGAUCCACUUUGUCCUCCCACUGAAGGAGAUGCAAAGGAUGAGAACCUUGAGGGCCAUGGAUGACUCCGGGUCACCUGGUCUGGAAGUGAAUUACGGCACUGCUGAGGAUCCCAAAACCAUCUGGUUUGAACUGCAAAAGGCUAAAGAAAUGUAUCAUACGAUCUCCAUCAUCUUGGACGAGGGAGAAUUUCAGCUUUAGAGACGCAUGCCAGCCCUCUUUGCUUCAGCUCUGGACACCACAUUAGCACUCCUGGCAUGAGCUCUGACAGUGUUCAGAGGUGCCCUCCCUUCCCUGCUGCCCAGGAUUGUCACCACAUCGAAGUUCCAUCUUCUAUCCUGCCUCACUACAACUCUGAACAGCCUCCCCUCGUGCACCCUAUCACCUCUUCAGACCGCAGAGAUGUCAGCUGCCUUCACUGUCCGCUGGAGUUGUAGAGGUGCCCCACCCAGUAAGCCUGGCUUCCAGGAAGCAGAACAAGAUUGGCUUUUUUCCACAGGCUCUGAGCCCCACUCCUAGAACAGCCAAGCAGGUGAAAGUAAGGAAGGGAAAGGCCAGUGACUUCAGGAAACAGCAGGGGGUUGCCUGGGGUGGCAUCCCUCCCAUGCCAAUUAAUCUCUCAAAUAGUAACAGCAGCAGAGACUGGUGCUUUUCAGAGACUUUGCAUCCCAAGGAGAAACCAGGGCUCAGAUAUGACUGCAUUUGUCGGGGGUGAAGUGCCUGAGACCAGCUCCUACUCCACCCUGAAGUGCAAGAACUGCCCUGGCCCAGAUUCCUACCAACAGAAACCUGCCUGAAAGCAUCCCCAUAACUCACAGGACAGAUCAGCAUUAAUACACAAUCAUGACACCUGCCAAGGCAGAGGUUGGGUUGCAUUGGUAAGAAAGUUUACUGCUACAUUGGUUUACUAUUAACUGUACAGUAUAUGCUGCUUUUUCUUUCUAACAUAGUCCUCACUUAGGCUAAGAACUCAGUCAGGUAUCCACAGAUGUUGUAUCUCAAUUCUAUCUCCCCACUGGAAUAUUAUGGAUUGGAGGAAAGAAAUGCAAGGUCCUUAAUUUAUUUUUAUUACUUUGGAUUCCCAGUUGGACUGAUGAGGUUUAUGCUUCUGCAGAAGCAAAAUUAAAUUUUUUUGAGCUGCUAAA